UUCUUCCUUUCCCAUCAUCUGACCGUUCCAACUUGUCUAACUCUCCUCCAAAAACCGGUUCACCACUUCCUACUCAUUCUCGUCGGGCCUUUUCGUGACUUCGACCGGGUUCCCCUCAUUGUCCAGCUUGUGCUUCCACGGUACGUCGAAUCUCCCCUCCCGCCCUUUUCACGUCACGGUCGGUCAUGCUGAGUGCCUGGCAAAGAAAAUCUGUCUUUUUUUCUUUGCUCCGCCAGGCACUCGUAUCCUUAUGGCUAGAUGGUCUUUUCUCCCUACCCCCACCGCGUAUCGUGUUAUCUGUUGAUUCGCGUUUCAUCCUUCGUUCAUCUGCGUUCCUCCUCUUAAAUCCUUCGUUCGGCGCGUCUCAUCCGCCCUCACUCCUCAAAAGUCUCCGCAUUAACCCUCGUUGACCUCUCUAGAUUUGGUGUGAAUCCUGCUUCCUCGUCAACAUGGCCUCCCCCACCGCGGCCAAAGAGCCCCAGCCCGCCGUGGAUUUCCUCCAUCACCCCUACACUCGCGCUGCCCUUCCCUUCGUGAACGGUGGCCUUGCCGGUAUGACUGCCACGGUCGUGAUCCAGCCCAUCGACAUGAUCAAAGUCCGUCUGCAGCUCGCUGGUGAAGGUGUGCGCACCGGUCCUCGCCCGUCUGCCUUUGGCGUGGCCCGCGACAUCAUUGCCUCAGGCAAGGCCCUCGAUCUGUACACCGGUCUGUCGGCUGGACUGCUGCGCCAGGCCGUCUACACCACCGCCCGCCUGGGAUUCUUCGACACCUUCAGCAAGACUCUCAACAAGCGUGCCGAAGCCGCCAACCGCAGCGUCACCUUCGCCGAACGUGCCGGAGCCGGUCUCGCUGCCGGAGGUAUUGCCGCCAUGAUUGGCAACCCGGCCGAUCUAGCGCUGGUGCGUAUGCAGUCCGACGGUCUCAAGCCUCCCGAGGCGCGGGCCAACUACCGCUCCGUCAUGGACGCGCUUUUCCGCAUCUCCAAGCACGAAGGUGUCCCGGCUCUGUGGGCUGGUGCUUUCCCCACCGUUAUCCGUGCCAUGGCACUCAACGUCGGCCAGUUGACCUUCUUCGCCGAGUCAAAGGCCCAGCUGAAGAAGCAUACUAGCCUGUCGACUCAGAACCAGACCUUUGCCGCGUCCGCUAUUGCCGGAUUCUUCGCCAGUUUCCUCUCCCUGCCUUUCGACUUUGUCAAGACCCGUCUGCAGAAGCAGCAGAAGGAUCCUAAGACCGGUCAACUUCCCUACAAGGGCGUCUUGGAUUGCGCGCGCAAGGUCGUCCAGGAAGAGGGCUGGUUGCGGUUCUACCGCGGUUUCGGAACGUACUAUGUGCGGAUCGCUCCUCAUGCGAUGGUGACGCUUAUCGUGGCCGAUUAUCUGAACUUGAUUACCAAGUAGGGUGCAGUGCUUCAGUAUGAUGUUUCGCUCGUCGACAACUACUUGAGUUGACUUGACUUCAAUGCCGCGGUUUCUGUCGUUCGAUGAUGAUUAUUGCACAGGUGCGGAUCUGGUUGCACUGUCUGGAACAGAUGCAGGAGAAGAUCGAAAUGCCCUAAUGAUUGUGGACGGAGGAUGGUGUUUCGAUGGAUGGUUGAUGUUGUUUCAAUGGCUGUUUGUAUUUAUUACACCCGUGUUUUGCAGCUACCUAGUGAUUUUAAGUAGAGAUAGGCAAUAAAAAGUCUACUCUGAUACCAGAUCAAUCGUAUGAAAUUGAAUCACUC